AUGACCGACGCCUCCGCAGAUCCCGACCCGGAGCUGGAGCAAAUCCGCCUGAAGAGCGCCCGAGAGGAGAAGUUCAUCCCGGUUCCGGAGAGGGAUAGGCUCGGCCGAUGCAGAAGUGUGAAAGAGUUCGAAAAGUUGAAUCGAAUUGGGGAAGGGACUUAUGGCAUUGUGUAUCGUGCCAGGGACACCGGCAGCAAUGAGAUUGUGGCAUUGAAGAAAGUGAGGAUGGAUAAAGAGAAGGACGGAAUCCCGAUCAGCAGUCUGCGAGAAAUCACACUGCUCUUAAAGCUGCGGCACCCCAGCAUAGUGGAGCUAAAGGAAGUGGUGGUGGGAAAUCACCUGGAGAGCAUUUUCCUGGUGAUGGGUUACUGCGAAAGGACUUGGCCAGCCUGCUGGAGAACAUGCAGACCCCCUUCACAGAAGCCCAGGUGAAAUGCAUUUGUUUCCAGCUGCUGACUGGUCUUCAGUAUCUGCAUGAGAACUUCAUAGUACACAGAGACCUCAAGGUGUCCAAUCUGCUGAUGACAGAUAAAGGAUGUGUGAAGAUUGCGGACUUUGGUCUGGCUCGUGCGUACAGCGUUCCUGCAAAGCAGAUGACUCCGAAAGUUGUGACACUCUGGUACCGCGCCCCUGAGCUGCUGUUCGGAAGUACAACACAAACAACCGCCAUCGAUAUGUGGGCGGUGGGCUGUAUCCUGGCUGAGCUUCUGGCUCACAAGCCAUUGUUACCGGGAUCUUCGGAAAUCCAGCAGAUCGAUCUUAUUAUACAGCUUCUGGGGACACCGAAUGACACCAUCUGGCCGGGCUUCUCAAAGCUGCCUCUGGUUGGUCAGUACACGGUCCGCAAGCAGCCGUACAACAACCUGAAGCACAAGUUCCCCUGGCUGUCCGAGGCCGGCCUGCGGCUCCUCAACUUUCUCUUCAUGUACGACCCAAAGAAGAGAGCCACAGCGGAGGACAGCCUGGCCAGCUCUUACUUCAAGGAAAAGCCUCUCCCUUGUGAGCCGCAGCUGAUGCCGACGUUCCCUCAUCACCGCAACAAAGGGUGUGUGAGCAGCGUCGGGGUGGAGAGCCAGGCUAAACGCUGCAAACCGUGA